AUGGCUGUCGUGUCUAACACUCCAAAUGGCACCAACGGUCAUAAUAACAAUGGUCAUGGCAACAGCGGUUAUAGCACCAACGGUCAUAGCACCAAUGGUUAUGGUACUAAUGGUACCAAUGGCAGCUCAAAGGAGCAAAAGGCUGCUUUCAUCACUGGUAUUACUGGACAGGACGGAUCUUAUUUGACCGAGAUUCUCUUGUCUGAAGGGUACAUCGUCCAUGGCCUUGUGAGGCCAUCUUCGCAAAGACGUCAGGCCUUGGAACGCCCAAUGAGACACGGCGUCACGCUACACCUUGGCGAUGUGUGCGAUAGUGCCCGUCUAAUUCAAAUCCUAGGUUCUAUCAAGGUUGACGAGAUCUACCAUCUUGCCGCGCAGUCACACGUUGGAAUCUCUUUCGAGAACCCGUUGGCCACCUGCGACACCAAUGCCGUGGGCACUCUCAAGCUUCUCGAAGCCGUCAGGUUUCUUGGGCUAGGAAAGACGAUCAGAAUUUACAAUGCCUGUUCGUCUGAACUGUUCGGUCCGGAUACUCCCCCACCACAAACCGAAGAGACACCGUUCCACCCGUACUCACCGUAUGCUGUAUCCAAGGCCUUCCAGUUUUGGACUACUGUAAACUUCCGCGAGGCUUACGGAUUCCAUGCAUCUAACGGCAUUCUGUUCAACCACGAAUCACCUCGACGGGGAACCACCUUUGUGACGCGAAAGAUUACUACACAAGUCGCCCUGAUUGCUACUGGUCAAUCUGAGCUUUUUGAGCUUGGAAAUGUAAACUCCACACGCGACUGGGGACACUCCAAGGAUUACAUGCGUGGAGCGUACCUCAUCCUACAACAGCCAGAGGGGGGAGAUUACGUUCUGGCCACCGGGAGCUCAUACAGUGUUAGGGACUUUGUUAAUGCUGCUUUUGACGUUGUCGGCAUGAAGAUUGAAUGGUCUGGCAAGGGCCUUGACGAGGUGGCCAAGGAGGUCGCAACUGGCAAGGUACGAGUCAGAGUGAACCCGGCCUUCUAUCGUCAGCUCGACGUGGAGAAUCUGUCUGGUUCCGCCGCCAAAGCUAGGCGCGUCCUUGGCUGGGAGCCCCAGUACAACUUCCAGACAUUGGUGGAAGAGAUGGUCCUCUCAGAUUUGGAGAAGGCCAAGGCCGGUCGAAUCUUCGCUACCUCGUACCUUGACGGCUUGGUGGAAGACGAUACGGGUAUCGAAGGCGUAAAUCGCCAAGAGGCGAAGGCAACCAAUCAACUGACUUUUCCCGUAGUAGUCGCCGACAUGGCUCAGGCGCUACAAGCCACGGCGGAUUAGGAGUGAAAUCCGGAGUAGAAGACAUCAGCAGCACCUAGCUGUCACGAGGCUAUGCACUCAACGAUGAAAAUCUAGCCUAGCCGUUCAUCUAGGGUUAAUAUAAUAUAACUGGUUUACUCUACGAAUUAAUAUAUUGCAAGAAAGCAUUGCCACAUUUUACUUGUUUAGAUAUCUACUAGCCUAGGGAAAUUCACCAGCGAGUAUCUUUGCCAUACACUAAAGCCCACGUCUUAAGCACUAGUAAGACUGAAUACAUUAACAAAGGAAAGCAAGCACUCUCAUUCCUUGCAAACUCAUGCGUGUUGCGGCGGGGGCGUCAGGUGGCUUAUCUGGCGUCUCAGUCAAGCUUCAGUUGGAGAUCCCACACGACACAAUAUUGUUUAGCAACUUGCUUUAUAGAGCGAAAUCAGGCUGUGCCGCCUGUAUGUCGGAAAAAUAACAGCAAAUUCCGAAAAGGACAAAUUUACUCAAUGACAAUGAACUCCACGGCACCGCAGUGAAUGACGCACUGCAUGACACUGUGCAUGACGCUGUGCAUGGGCGAGG